UCCUGCAUGUUUUGCAUCCUCGCAGCGUCUCCGUCCUAUUCCCGACACCCAACGUUCGGCCCGCGAAAAGCAAACACAACGCGCGCCAGACACCCGGUCAGUCUUGUGAGAGGAAAGAAAGUUUGCCUCUCCGGUUCCUAGCCAACACCCACGACCGCCAGUCAACAGCAGUACGGGCACCUUUGUGAAUGGGCCUUUUCCCCCGCUCUGUCACCAGACUCCGAAUUGGUGAGCCAAAACGGGCGGAACAACGCCGUCGUCCAGUGCCGAAGACGGGCACUUGACGCAAGUUUCGACUCUGUCUCCAGCGACAUCAAUCCGACCGACAACAACCCCGAGUCAUCGCUGCCCCGGUAUGCCUGCUCACUCCGAUCAUUCCGUUCAAGAGGACAGCCACGGUGUCGUGGUGCGGGUGCCUGACAGUGCUUCCAGGGCAGCGGAGAAUGAGAAGAACGGCGCUUCGCCGACGAGUCCUGAUGGCGACCGGUCGAGUGAGCCGGUAGAAUUUAAAGAAGGCGGCUACGGAUGGGUCGUCGUCGGUUGCGUCUUUCUCAUCAACGCUCACACCUGGGGCUUGAACUCGUCUUAUGCCGUUUUCCUCGCCUACUAUCUCAACUCCGGAGCCUUUCCCGACGCAAGCCCCAUCGUUCUGGCUUUCGUCGGCGGCUUGUCCUUCUCCGUCGCUCUGCUCAUCGCCCCGAUUGUAACCUUUUGCAUCCCCCGUAUCGGAACUCAACCGACUCUCGGCAUCGGCGUCGUCGUCCAAGCCGCGGCCCUCAUCGGCGCCUCUUUUACAACCCAGAUAUGGCAUCUCCUUCUAUCCCAGGGCAUCGGCUUCGGCGUUGGAAUGGGCUUCACCUUCAACUCCACCGUUGGCGUCGUUCCCCAGUGGUUUGUCACCCGCCGGUCUUUCGCCAAUUCCAUCGCCACUGCCGGCUCCGGCCUCGGCGGCCUCAUCUACUCCCUGGGAACCAAUGCCAUGAUCCGUAACAUCGGCCUGCCGUGGGCGUUCCGCAUCCUCGCGAUCCUGUCGUUCGUUGUGAACGGCGCGUGCUGUCUGAUGAUGAAAGACCGUAACAAGGCGCUCGGCAGCGUGCAUGUCGCGUUCCACAAGGAUAUCUUCAAGAGGAUCGAAUUUUGGCUGUUCGUGUCCUGGGGCUUCUUUGGGCUGUUCGGGUACGUGAUAUCCGUCUUUUCGCUGGCGGAUUACGCGCACACGGUCGGCUUCAAUGCCAGCCAGGGGUCCAUCCUGUCGGCGAUGUUCAACUUGUCCCAAGGCAUUGGGCGUCCCGUUAUCGGGCUCGUCAGCGACCGCUUCGGCCGCAUCAACGUUGCUGGGCUGGGCACCCUUAUCGCCGGCCUCGCGACGUUCUUCAUUUGGAUCUUCGCCGGCAAGUAUUUCGCUGGCACCAUUGUCUUUGCGCUUUUCGGCGCUUUUGCCGGCGUGCUCUGGCCGACCGUUGGACCCGUCGGUGCCGAAGUCGUCGGGAUCCAGCUCCUCCCAUCGGCGCUGUCCAUCUUCUGGAUGAUCCUUGUCAUCCCGGCAACCUUUGCCGAGCCCAUCGCUUUAACGAUCAAAACCUCGGGGGUUGACGCGUAUCUGAACGUCCAGCUUUUCACUGGUGUCAUGUACAUCGCGGCCUUCGUAUCAAUUUGGUUCCUUCGAGUUUGGAAAAUCAGAGAACUAGAGACGAUCGCUCUCUCAGAAGAACAGCAUGAAGACGUUUUGCGCAAUGACGACGCCGUCUCCUUGACGACCUCGAGGCGAACGGGUCUCAACCCAGGCAUCUUUAGGUCCAUACUUCAGGGCAUGCUGACAUUGAAGCGUGUUUGAAGGAUCUAUCAAGGGGACAUUGCGGAAACAACAUUUACUCAUAGAAGAAUGGCUCCUAGACUCGAUGCCAAGUUCAAACCGCUUACAAAAUCAAUCACCUUGCCGUCUAAACAACCUUCAUUUCAACCAAUCAGUCUCCAGAAUCCCGGGAUGUAACUCGCCAUCAGCCCUCUGACAACUCUGUACAACACUUCGGCUCCGAUGCCUUUGUACGCCUCCUCCGUCGCCAGUUCCACAAACGCCGCACCGAGGUCUCCGUAUGAAACGGCCACCCCGACGGACUCGACGCUGAUUGAAUACCCGCUGGCCUCUUCCUCGAUGAUCGCCGGUGGCUGCACGAGCAGCAACUCCAUCAGUCCCGGCUCGGCUUGCAACGUCUCAUGGGCCUUGAGGAGGUCGGCGUAGGGGUAGUAGAAUGCGUUCUUGAUGGCCCACUCCACGGCAGCCGGUGUCUUCGCACUAAAGCGCUCAUUCCAAGUCGCCGACGAGAGCAGGAGAAAGCGCGGUCUUGCCCAGUCCCCUCCAGCGUCAUCCUUGAGUUGCUUCAGCGCUGCAACCAUUGCUUUUGUGCCGUCUUGAAGCACGCGGACGGUGGGCUUGUUGUCGUUGUCGCCGAGCGUACAGAUGAUGGUGUCGGCGCCUUCGAGGCACUUCUUCACGCCGGAGACGUCGGUGACUUGGCCUUCGAAUAUCUCGACAUUGUGGUCGGCUUUGAAUUGCGGGAACUUGGAGAUGAGCUUCUCGCGAGAGCGGACGAAGAUCUUCAGCCUAAAGGGGUUGUUGGGCUUCGCAAGGAGGGCUUUUAGGGUUUCACUUCCGGUGCGUCCCGUUGCGCCAAAGAAAGCCAGGGUGCGGCCGUUGCUUGGUGUGGUUUCCGCCGACAUGGUGGUAAUGUGUAGUAUCUCUCUCGAUUCUCAAAGGUUUUUUAUUAACUACUUGACUGGAAAUGUCCAUGGGCGCAGGGCCGGGACGCAGAUUUAUACUCAACAUCUGUGACGGUUAAGAUACUUACUUUCGUCUCUUUUGGUCCGAUGACGUUAUGAGGGGUGAGCAGGCGGGUUUUGGCCGGACACCAUCCUGACCGGCUUGAUCUGGACAAAUGCGAAAGGUCGGUCCGUGGGAAAGAACGCCCCAUAAGAAUGAGCCGGAUAUCUUCGAGAUGAACCCAAGGCAAUUCAAGCACGGGGUAAUGGAUUGUCCAGUCUGGAUCGACUCAUCGAGCGGCCCGUCUGCUACGACGACUUAGCGCAAGAUCGUCGUCAUAGACUCUGCGAGCCCUUGGUGCACGGCGGCAAACAUUCGCCGAGCACGCGAGCGUCAUAGUCUCAUAGGCUCCGCGAGAAGUCAUGUAACCCCAGCUCCACCGCCAUGCAACAAGGCACGAGCUCAGUUAGGGGAAGGGGUGUCGUUUUGGUUAAAUUGGAGAUGCAGUGUCUUUUUUUC